AUAAAGCUGCAGUUCUACGUGGGAGAGCUACGUGGAAUUGGCAUAUCAGUACAAGAAUUGGUAGGGGAGCGAAACUGAAAAACGCGAGCCGGAUUCUGAAUAUUGCAGUUGAAGUUGCCGAUGCAUCGCUAAACGAAGAUAAUUUUUAGUCCACAAUAUCUAAUUUCAUUGCGGACAAUGACAGAAAAAGUUGAGGAGCAGUUGAGCAUGUUUAAAGAGUGGUUCAGGAAACAGCCACAUUUCCCAAAGAAAAUAGAUGACAUACUCAUAGUAAGGUUCCUGCACAGCUGUUAUUAUGACGUGGAGAACGCAAAGAAGACGGCCAAUAAAUUCUUCGAGAUGAGGGCGACCUGUCCAGAUCUAUUCGCGAACAGAGAUCCCACGGGACCAGAUAUACAAAACGCGAUCCAGUUUAGCAAAAUGGCCCAAUACCCAAUAACGGGAAACAAAUUCCUAUGGAUAUGGCAGAUCGACGAUCCUGGCUUGCAGCGGUACAACGCGACUCAUGAGGCUAAGCUGUCAGCACUGGCGACAGACUGCUGGCUCCUCAUUGAGCAGAACUUGGAAGAAAGUGACAUUGUUUUGGUGGACGCGAAACAUAUGUCCUUUAGAAUACUGAUGAAGCUUAAUUUGUCUUUGUCUAAAGCGCAGGUCAAAUACUAUGAGGAAGCAAUGCCAUUUCGAAUGAAUCAGAUUCACUUCGUGAAUUGUCCACCCAUCUUAAGCAGAAUUUUUUCAAUAUACAAAACUUUCGUUAAACCUGAAGUCACAGAAAGGAUCUGUUUUCAUUUACCGAACUCUGAAACUCUGUUCGAAUAUAUAAAUAAAGACGACCUGCCAAAAGACCUGGGUGGGAAUCGAGAAAGUAUGGAAUAUUUCACCAAGCUCGCCAUUGAACGCAUCAUGAACAAAAGGUAA